GUUAUCAGCUCCGAUCUAUAGGAGCUUCCUGUACGGUACUCACACGUGUGUAUAGCUGCUGCUGCGGGAGAGAGGCUGCCAGCUACGCGGAGACCGGCACCAUGAAGCCGAGAAGAAAUCGCAAGCAAGCUCCCAGCUUCCGCAAGCUGUUGAAGACGAGCAAAAUAAAGCUCGACAACAAGUUAAAGAACAAGCAAUAUAAGCAGGAGAGCUUUGCAAAGAAGCACAGAAAAGAACAGAAGAAGCUCCGAGAAGCGGUGCGGGAUGUUAGCUCCAAAGUCCCCGUACCCCUGGAUAGGGCCUACAAAAAACAGCCAGCUAAUGAAGAACAUGAACUGGAAGAGGAGUACCUCCCACUGGACAUGAUAGAUGAGGAUGAUCUGCAGCUAAUGCGGGAAAUGGCUCAGAGAGCCUCUUUCCUAACCAGAGACCUUUCCUCCAGUGAGCCGGUUCAUGCCACAAAAAGAAAGAGGGAUGAUAUGAUUGAGGCGUAUGAAAAAUUGCCAAGGCGUAUGAAGGUUGAACCGGAGAAAGAAGUCAUUCACCUGCUGCCCAUCAAAGACAAACGUGGCAUUAUUCCACAGAGCAUGGAAAAGCCAGCUGCUCCUACUGAGGAUCAGGACAAGGAAGAGGAAAUGGAUGUGGAAGAUACUGAAGUUGUUCCUGAAGAGCCGCUGUGUGUACUUAGCACAGAGGAACUAAUACAGCAUAGGAGAGCCAAGCUGGAGGAGAGGAAGCUUCACAUUGCAGCCUUGGCAUCCGCUAUACUGGCAGAUCCUGAAAACAGUAUUAGAAAGCUGAAGGAGUUGCGUGCUAUGUUGAUGGAACAGGACUCUACUGUGGCAGUAACCGUCCGGAAGCUGGUGUUGAUUUCGCUAAUGGAAAUAUUCAAAGACAUUGCACCUUCGUAUAAGAUUCGCCCGCUUACAGAAGAAGAAAAGAACUCCAGGGUUAAGAAAGAAACUCAGAGAGUCAGAGAAUUUGAAGAAGGUCUAGUCAGUCAGUACAAGUUUUAUCUGGAAAACCUGGAACAGACAAUAAAAGAUUGGAAGCAAAUGAAAGCCAAGAAGAGUGAGGUUGUGUCAUUAAAGGCCUACAAAGGGCUGGCGGAGGUGGCGGUGACCUGCUUGUGUGAGCUGAUGAUCUCACUUUCCCAUUUCAACUUCCACAACAACAUCAUCGUCCUUGUGGUACCGCUCAUCGAUGACCAGUCCAAAAAGAUCGCCGAUAUGUCCACAGAAGCUGUGAAGAAGCUGUUCCGGCAGGAUAAGCUUGGCCUGGCUUCUCUGGCUGCCGUGAAGGUCAUCUCCGGAUUGGUGAAGGGCAGAAAUUAUGAUGUUCGUCCAGAGGUGCUGAACAUCUUGCUACAUCUAAGAAUUAAGGAAGUUGAUGUGAAGAAAGACGUUGAUGAUAUUGCUCCGAAGCAGAAGUUGAUGUCCUACAAAGAUAAGAGGAAUACUCUAUCCAGGAUGCAGCGAAAGUGGAAGAAAGCCGAAGAGAAAUUGGAGAGAGAACUCCUGGAAGCCGAGGCAUCAGAAAGCAAAGAAAAGAAGUUAAAACUGCAUAUGGAAACACUGAACAUUGUUUUUUUAACCUACUUCAGAAUACUGAAACGAGCGCAGAAAUCUGUUCUCCUUCCUGCUGUCUUGGAAGGCCUGGCAAAGUUUGCUCACCUUAUUAAUGUGGAGUUUUUUGAUGACCUACUGGUGGUACUACAUAAACUCAUUGACUCUGGUGAUCUCAGCUACAGAGAGAGCCUGCACUGUGUUCAGACAGCGUUCAAUAUACUUUCUGGGCAAGGUGACGUCCUCAAUAUCGACCCUUUGAAAUUCUAUACUCACCUUUAUAAAACACUAUUUGGACUCCAUGCAGGUUCUACAAAUGACGAUACACUGAUUGCACUUCAGUGUCUGGAACUGAUGCUCACCAAGCGUAGGAAACAAGUGUCCCCCCAGAGAGCCUUGGCGUUUAUAAAGCGACUGUCUACUCUGGCGCUGCAUGUCCUCCCCAAUUCUUGUAUUGGUAUCCUGUCCACCAACAGAGGACUCAUGCAGACAUUCCCAAAGGCGGACAUUCUCCUGGACAAUGAAUCUCAAGGUAGUGGGCUCUAUUUGCCAGAACUGGAUGAGCCGGAAUACUGCAAUGCACAGAACACUGCACUGUGGGAGCUGCACGAUUUACAGAGACAUUACCAUCCUGUAGUGCGGAUCUUUGCUGCCCACCUUUGUGCCGGGGCACCGUCCGAAGGCUCAUCAGCUCUCAGAGCAUCACUGAGCCGCAGGUCUGCUGUGGAAUUAUUCAGUGAUUACUCUAUCAAUGGCAUGACCUUUAAUCCACCAGUUUCUGAAUCUGUUCCUAAGAAUAAGGGUAAAGGUAGACUGUAUGAGCUCAGUGAGGACUUACAGGAGCUAACUGUGAUACAUCUGAGCAAGGUAUCGUCAGCAGAGCUGGACUUUGCUUCACACAUGAAAGCGGAUUCACUGAUAACAUCUUAAGGACUUACUGAAUUGUUACUGGUUUUGCUAUUCUGCCCCCCUCAUACUUAUACCUAUGUACAGACAUUAAAGUGAUGUUUUAAAAAAAUAAAUAAAUAAUACACAAACAA